AUGGUUCUCGAAGCAGUAAUGGUGGUAGUGGACAACAGCGAAAGCAGCCGGAACGGAGACUAUACACCUACCAGAUUCGAAGCACAAUCUGACGCCGUAUCGCUCAUUUUCUCCGCUAUCACACAAGGCAACCCGGAAUCCUCCGUUGGGCUUAUGAGUAUGGGAGGCAAAGGGCCGGAGGUGCUAGUCACAUUGACGACGGACCACGGCAAGAUAUUGGAGGGAUUACAUCGUACGAAGUCAAAGAUCCGAGGAGAAGGCCAUUUGACUACGGGAAUUCAAAUUGCAGGUCUGGCGCUCAAGCACCGACAAAAUAAAUCACAACGUCAACGUAUUAUCGUCUUCACUUGCAGUCCCAUCCCCGAAGACGAGAAAUCCCUGGUCAAGCUGGCUAAAAAGAUGAGGAAGAGCAAUGUCUCGGUCGAUUUCGUGGCUUUCGGUGAGCUAGACGAUGACACUACCAAGAAGUUAACAGCUUUCAACGAAAAUGUCAAGGGUGGCGAGGGAUCAUAUCUAGCAAUAAUCCCUCCCGGGCCAGGUCUCCUCAGUGACCAGCUAGUCACAAGCCCGAUACUGAAUGGCGAUGGCACGGGUGCAGCAGCUGGAUUAGGGACCGCCGCUGAGGGUGGUGAAGGUGGCGGGUUUGAAUUUGGCAUUGACCCAAGUGUGGAUCCAGAGUUGGCUCUUGCAUUACGUAUGAGCAUGGAAGAAGAGAAGGCGAGACAAGAGAAGCAAAACAAGGAGAAAGCGGAAGCAGAUGCCAAAGCUGCAUUGCCUGAGAUAAAGGAGGAAGACGAGGCUGCACAGCCAUUGCUGAGCAAGGAUGGGGAGCCUAGCAAAACUGGGCCGAAGGAUACGAAGAAGGACGAUGGGGGUGAUGAUGCGGAUAAAAUGGACACGGCAUAG